AUGAAGAUUUACGUUAAGUGCCGUUACUACAGUGCUGCUUGCGUGGUAGAAUAGUGUAACUUGCACAUUAAAAAUGGCUGACCUAAAAUCAUACAAUCUUUGAAGGCGAGAGUUUAACAUUUUCGUAAUUUCAAUAUUAAAACGAAAGUUCACGAUGACCGGUGCCACUACUACUACUACUACUACUACUACUACUACUGAGAAGUCUGCAAACAAUCCGUUGGAGCAGUUUGUGCUGUUAGCGAAAACUGCCAAAGGGGCAGCUGCACUUGAACUUAUUAAACAGGCAGUUGAAACUCCAGGGGUACAUGUAUUUGGAGAGUUGCUAGAUAUGCCUAAUAUCAAGGAGCUUGAAAAUGGACCUCAUGCAGAAUAUUGGAAUACUCUUAAUUUAUUUGCAUAUGGCACAUACAAGCAAUACCUGGAAAAUAAGGAUAAACUCUUGGAAUUAACUGCCACUCAGAAGAAGAAGCUACAACAUCUGACGAUCGUAACGUUAGCAACCAAACUCAAAUGCAUACCCUAUUCUGUAUUAUUAGAAGAGCUCGACGUAAAAAAUGUUCGUGAUUUGGAAGAUUUGAUAAUUGAGGCAAUUUAUGCCGAUAUUAUCCAUGGCAAAUUGGAUCAGAAAAAUUCUCAACUCGAAGUUGAUUAUGCUGGUUUGGGACGUGAUGUUAGACCAGAAGAUGCUGGUGUUGUAGUGGAUACAUUAGCAGCUUGGGGUCAAGCCUGUGAUACAGUAUUAGCCUGUAUUGAACAACAGGUUGUUAGAGCUAAUAGUGAGAAACAGAAGGCUACGCAUCACAAAGAGAAAAUAAAGCACGACAUUGCUGCUAUAAAGAUUUCACUGGCUGCUCAGGCCGGUGGUGGUGGUGUUCAGGAAGCCGAUGUUGUUGGAGGUGGUUCUGGCGCUGGAGGUAGUGAAUCUGGUAGGGAAGCUUUGCCAGUUCUACCUGAGAUCAAGAAGAAGCAUACAAAAAUCAGAGGUAUUAGAGUGACUGGAAAAAAAUCUACUCCAGGCGCAAGGGAAUGACAAAUGAAACCUACUGCUCAAAGGGUUAAAGAUCUCUUAUCCACGUGCUCGCGAGAAAAAGUGGGUUGGAAGUUUGUCUUCUACUUAUCAAAGAUAUCGGAGGAGGACCUUGCUCUCCUCGAUAUAUGUGUUUAGGUAUUGCAGAGGAGUCUGAGACAAUGGAACGCGUUGCAAGUGUAGGUUGAAAACCUAUAUUUCUUUUCUUGUUGUUUAUUUAAUUUGACGUGAAGCUCGACCAUUGAAACUUGUCAUUGCCACGUAGACUUUUUAUGAUGUUAUAUAUUUUAUUUGCACGUUUUGAAUGGUGCUAAAUUUUGUACACAAUUUUAAACAUCUAAGUUAGGUUAAAUACAGGGUAUGCAGUGCUGAUGAUUAUUUAAUGAUUAACAGCAAAGCAGUGAAAGAUCAAGUAAAUUUAAUAUUCAAAAAAGGUUGAAAAUUUUUUAAUCUUAUCGCUGUCUUUAGUGUGAUAUAAGAAUUUAGUUUCUUUUAAUAUUCAUAACUGAUUUGCCACUAUUAAUAUAACACAAUGAAUUCCUUAUUUGUAAGUAAUUGAAUCUUUGAAAAUACAUCUCCACUACUUCGCUGUUAACAUAUUUCCUAACUGUUAGUCCCUUCUGUUUGCUCUUAUUUUUCAAUUGACAUACGAGAGCUGUGAAGAACGUUAAGACGUAAUGCUCGACUGAAAGUGGUAUGAUGAUAAUCAUACUGAAAGUGAUGAUGACAAACGUGGAAUAAAAUCUACAUUUGUUACCGUCUAAAUUCCCAAGCCUCCUCUAUUUUUCUUAUAAUCUAUUUAUUCUCUCUCAAAGAAAAGUUUUCUUUCUUAAUGGGGAACUGUCGCCGUGCGUGUCAAUAUCAACUAACUAAUUCAAUUCCUGAAAAAAAAGUGUAUGAUUCAAUUAGUCGAGAACAGUAUACAACUGGCAGUAGUUCCCAUGAAUAUGUUGGAGGAAAAAAAGAAAUAGAAACGAGUAUAGGCAUGGAAAGAAAAAAAAGAAAGAACUGAAGAGCAAAAAGCAAUGUCCUUCGACGUAGCCGUAGUACACGAAAAUGUUACCGUACUCAAGAAGCGCUGUAAUUGCUAAUGGAAUAAACGGAAAACAGAAGCAAUUUA